UAUUUUUAGGUGGUGCCUGGCGGGAACUUCUUCAGUUGCACUGUGAAAAAAAUUCAUCCAGAAAGUGACAGGAAGAUGGCGACUGCGUCAGGGACCACCAACACCGGCAUGGUGUCUCUGAUCAAAACCAUCAAUGAGCUGCACGAUGCUCUGUCAUCAGCCGGUACCCCGAUCCACAUUGAUUUGCCGCAAAUAGCUGUGGUCGGAGGUCAAAGUGCUGGCAAGUCAUCCGUGCUUGAGAAUAUCGCUGGCAGACUUCCUGCCACGAGGAACAGACAUGAGUACGCCGAGUUCCUGCACUUGCCCGGAAAGAAACUCCGAGAUUUCGAUGUAGUCCGUAGAGAGAUCGAAGCAGAGACGGACCGUGUGGCCGCCAGCAUGUCAGUGUCACCGAUCCCCAUAAAUCUCAAAUGGUAUUCGCCGAAUGUUGUCGAUCUCACGCUCGUCGACCUGCCUGGUCUGACCAAGAACCCCAUCGGGGAGCAAAGCGCCAGUAUCGUGCAGGAGAUUCGGGAUAUGGUGAUUGAGUUCAUCCAACCCGAGAAUACCAUUAUUUUGGCUGUGUCUCCAGCAAACCAGGAUAUUGCCAACUCGGAUGCUAUUCAGGUCGCCAAACUCGUGGACCCGGAAGGACUUCGCACCAUCGGCGUUCUUACUAAACUCGAUCUGAUGGAUGCCGGCACGGAUGCCCGAGACAUUCUUGAAAACCGACUGUUGCCUCUGAAGAAGGGCUACAUUGGAGUGGUGAAUCGCUCACAAAAGGACAUCAACGACAGGAAGCGGAUCGAACUGGCCCUGGCCGCAGAGCACGACUUCUUCCGCAGGCACACAGCAUAUUCCCACAUGGCGGACCGUAUGGGCACCCGGUACUUGCAGGACACGCUGAACCGGCUCUUGCAUGCGCACAUCAAAGAGAAAUUGCCGGGGAUUCGGAGCGAUUUGCAAGAAAAGCGACAGCGACUCACUGAUCGAAUCCACGACUUGGGCGGGUUUCCGGAUGACACGAAGCGUCCGUCUGAUAUCCAGGAGUUCAAUCGAUACCUGGAGGAUUUCAAGGAGGUGAUGCAGCGCGAAAUCCUGGGUCACGACCUGGACAUUGACCAGACUGAGAUGUCUGUCGGUGUCAUGAUCAACAUGACCUACUACGCGGAAAUCAGCGAUUUCCUCGAUGUCAGCAUCCAUGCUGAUCCCGAUGAAGUUCUGAAGAUCCUAAGCAACCUUGCUGGUGUACAGAACCAGCUGUUUCCUUCUGAUCAAUCCUUCAAGAUUGUAAUCGGAAAGCUGAUGCAGCUUUACAAGGAACCCCUGAAGAAAGGUGCAGGACUGAUUGCGGGCUUGCUCAGCACCUUGGUGGAAAAAGCCAGCAGGAAGCUCGAUGAUGUGCCAAAGAUGAAGGCAGAGGUACGGUUUAAGGUCAACGAAAAGAUCAGCGAGAAUUUAGAGGUGGCCAAGAAACACUUGCUUGCGUAUGUUGACUCCGAAGCAUCCUUCAUUAAUACAAAGCAUCCUGAUUUCAAGUACCGCACUGCCAGUGAUAUCAGGAAACUACAAGACGAAGGUCAUGCAAAAGCAGCUGAAAUACGUGGCAGACUUAAUCAGCAGACCAGUUCAACAUCACCAGCAGUGACAGCAAAUAAUAGGCCUGAAGAUAAAGGCUCCAACGCGGCACUUGCAAAAAGCAUCAGCAGCAAACAGCUGUUCAGCGGUUUCAUGACAGGCAAGUUUUAUCAAGUUGGCAACAGCAAAAAGAGGGAGAAAAAGGAGUUCUACUUUGUUCUGGCGACCCAUUCUUUGUCUUGGUUCAAGAACCAGAAGGAUGCAGAAGUGAAGGGAGCUUUCACACUCUCCCAUGACAUUGUGUGCAAAGUCACCUCGGAUGUCAAGGGCAUGAGCACAUUUCAGUUUCGCAGAUCCAGUGGAGGGUUGUUGUAUCCGCCGAACAUUGACAUGAUCAAAGCAACGCCCUUGAGGAAGGAUGAUGGGGACAUGUGGAAGGAGAAAUUUGCUGAGGCUAACAUUAAACUGGAGAGGAGCAAUAGUAUUUCAUCACUUAACAGUUUGCAAGUUGAUGGUCCCGGAUUUGCGUUGAAUGAUUCGAGCCAACCACCGAGUCAAUUUUCCGCAGCAGCACUACGAUCUUCCAUCAUUGUGACUGAAACAAGCAGGGAGAGGAAGGCUGAUUGGACGACACUGUUGCGCAAUGAUGUGACUCUCACAGGAUGGAAGGAAACCCUCAUGCCUGCUGUCGAGGAUUACUUGACCAUUGUGGACAAAACCAUUCAUGACCUCACCCCUAAAUGCCUGCAGCACUUCCUAGUUGACAAGACGCUGCAUUUUGUGCGGAGGGAGCUACAUGCGCAGCUCAUUGGUGAACAUGACGUUGCUGCACGUCUG